AUGGGAAUCUGCGGCACGGCGGUGGCCAAGGACGCGUCGGACAUCAUUCUCAUGGACGACAACUUCCGGUCGAUCGUGAGUGCGGUCAAGUGGGGCCGCAACGUGUACGACUCGAUCGCCAAGUUCCUCCAGUUUCAGCUGACGGUGAACAUUGUGGCCAUUUCCACGGCGGUGAUUGGCGCGGUGGUGCUGGAAGAGUCGUCGCUCACGGCCAUUCAGUUGCUGUGGGUCAACUUGAUCAUGGACACGUUUGCGUCGUUGGCGCUAGCCACGGAUGCCCCCACGGAAGCCAUGCUCAAGCGCAAGCCGUACCCGCGCACCAAGCCCCUCAUUUCGGAGCGCAUGUUGAAGCACAUGGUUGGUCAGUCCAUCUUCCAGUUGGCGGUGAUUCUCACCAUGACGUUUGCCGGGGACAAGAUCUUCGGCAUUGAUUCGGGCCGCAAGUACGACCGCAAGCCGGUUGGCGCGACCGGACCGUCCGUGCACUACACGAUGAUCUUCAACACGUUCGUGUUCCUGCAGCUGUUCAACGAAAUCAACGCCCGUCGCAUCCACGACGAGCUGAACGUGUUUGAAGGCAUCCUGACCAACCACAUCUACCUUGGCAUUUCGGUGGUGCAGUUGGUCUUGCAAGUGUUGAUCAUCGAGUUUGGGUCGCUCGUGUUUGGUUGCGUGCCGUUGGAUCUGACCCAAUGGUUUAUCUGCAUCGGCCUCGGCUCGCUUUCGUUACCGGUGGGCCUGUUCCUUCGUUGCAUCACCCUUCCUGCCAGCUUUACGAUGUGCCAGGAAACCUCGGUUGUCGAGAACGUCCCCAGUGCCCGCACCAAGACAUUGUGGCGUCGAAGUUUGAAGCGCCUGCAGGUCCAGAUGCGUGUGGUGAAGGCGUUCCAGAAGUCAGUGACACAACAAAAGGGUCUGCAUUAG